CUCUGGUCCCCCGGGAGAAGAGGAGGCUCCCAAGUUGCGGGGCGUCCCGCGGGCCGGGUGGGGGUGUCCGGCCAUGUGCGCCCACGUAGUGUACGAGUGGCUGAAGACCCUGCGGCUGCCCCAGUACGCGGAGUCCUUCGUGGACAACGGCUACGACGACCUGGAGGUGUGCAAGGAGAUCGGGGACCCCGACCUCGACGCCAUCGGGGUGUCGGCCCCCCGACACCGGCGCCGCAUCCAGCAGGCGGUGCGGAGGCUCCGGCUGGACGGAGAGAGGGCCUCCGGCCUCUACUUCACCCUGGAGCCCCCCCGGGACCCCCCGGAGCCCCCGGAGCCCCCCGACGGCCUCCGGUCCUGCCCCCGGGCCCCGCUGACCUACCCCAAAUUGAGACUGAAGAUCAUGAUCAGGGAUAAGCUGGUCCGGGACGGCAUCCACCUGAGCAAGCCUCCCUACUCCCACAAGGAUGGUUCCCUGGGAAACAUCGAUGACCUGGCCCAGCAGUAUGCAGAUUACUACAACACGUGUUUUACUGACGUAUGUGAAAGGAUGGAAGAGCUGCGCAAAAGAAGGGUUUCCCAAGACCUCGAUGUGGAGAAACCCGAUGCCAUCCCCACGUCACUACAGCUGCGAUCCCAGAUUGAAGAAUCGCUUGGCUUCAGUAGUGCAGUUUCAACACCAGAAGCAGAAAGAAAGCUUCCCCCUCUUCAUAAGUCCAGUUCAGAAGAGGGCUCUUUCGGAAAAGGGGACUGGAAGAAGAAGAAUAAGUUUUUCUGGCAGAACUUCCGAAAGAACCAGAAAGGCAUAAUGAGACAAACUUCUAAAGGAGAGGAUGUUGGCUACGUGGCAAGUGAGAUUACAAUGAGUGAUGAAGAACGUAUUCAGCUGAUGAUGAUGGUCAAAGAAAAGAUGAUCACCAUUGAGGAAGCACUUGCAAGGCUUAAGGAAUAUGAGUCCCAGCAUCGGCAGUCUGGGUCCUUGGAUCCUGCAGACUGGCCCGAUGGCUCUUUCCCAACAUUCGAUGGAUCGUCGAACUGCAAUUCAAGAGAACAAUCGGAUGAUGAAACAGAGGAGGCGGUGAAGUUUAAGAGGUUACACAAGCUGGUUAACUCUACUCGCAGAGUCAGAAAGAAACUAAUUAGGGUGGAAGAAAUGAAAAAGCCCAACACUGAAGGUGUGGAAGAACAGCCUCUUGACAGCUGUCCAAUCCUGGACGACAGGUCAGCACUUUACUCUGGAGUUCACAAGAAGCCAUUCAGUUGUGAUGGCUCCCCUGAACAGCCACCAGAGGAGGAUUCGGACCCCCUGACCCCCUCUCCUUCGUCCAGCAGCCUAGACACCUGGAGUACCAGCCGCAAGCUGGUCAAGACCUUCAGUAAAGGAGACAGCCGGGGCCUGAUUAAGCCUCCCAAGAAGAUGGGGACGUUUUUCUCCUACCCAGAGGAGGAGAAGGCUCAGAAAGUCUGCCGCUCCCUCACUGAUGGGGAGAUGAGGAAGGGCCUUGGCUCUCUGAGCCAUGGGGUAAGUACCGAGAGCGUUUGCUUUUAUGACAGCAACAGACACAAGCACCACCUUCUGGUGUCCCUAGAGGAGAUUCAGAGUGUCAGGAAGCAAAUCCGGUUGAAGAAAAUGGAUACUAAUUAUUCCUGUUCCAGAGCUUUCCUCUGCCAGCGCCCUUCCAGGAAAGGAAUAUCAGCCACAACUUGUGACCUCCAGCUGCUCCGGCAGAAAGCCAAAGGAGGAGGCAGCUGUGGCUUCCCCAACAGAAGGCUGAGAGGUCGCAACUCUGUCAGUGAGUUCAAUAUCACCUAUGUGGUGGAGAGAAGUCUGUACAGUCACCUCAACCUGACCCAGCUGGUGCGUCCUGUAACUGACAGGACCCUGAGUAAGGCUGACAAGCAGGACCUGAGGCGGUGCUUGCUGGAGGAGGAGGAGGCGGCCAAGAGAAAAUGGGCCGCCACAGUGGACCGCUGUACUAAACGGGUUCUUUUGAGAAUCCACCAGAAGUCUAGAACCUGCAGUUUUGGAGGAUUUGACUUGACAAAUCGUUCUCUGCACAUUGGGAAUAAUAAUUCUGACCCAAUGGACAAAGGGGGAGAUUUUGUGUACAAGGAAGUGAUCAAAUCACCCACUGCCUCCCGGAUUUCUCUUGGAAAAAAGGUGAAAUCAGUUAAAGAGACCAUGAGGAAACGAAUGUCUAAAAAAUACAGCAACUCUGUCCCUGAGCAGGACUGCGGCCCUCAUGGAAUGCCCGGUUCCCCUCAACCUGCUCAGCCUGAUACGGAUUCCCUGGACAAGCCCAAGCUGAAAGCAGGUGGUUCAGUGGAGAGUCUGAGGAGUUCUCUGAGUGGGCAGAGUUCGAUGAGUGGUCAGACGGUGAGCACAACAGAUUCUUCAACCAGUAACAGGGAGAGCGUGAAAUCUGAAGAUGGAGAUGAGGAAGAACCUCCCUAUCGUGGGCCAUUUUGUGGGCGAGCCAGGGUGCACACUGAUUUUACACCCAGCCCCUACGAUACAGACUCUCUGAAACUUAAGAAAGGCGACAUCAUUGACAUUAUCAGCAAGCCUCCGAUGGGAACCUGGAUGGGUCUGUUGAACAACAAAGUCGGUACUUUCAAAUUUAUCUACGUGGAUGUGCUGAACGAAGAGGAGGAGAAGCCCAAGCGUCCCCAUAGGAGGCGGCAGAAAGGAAGACCCCCACAGCCCAAAUCCGUAGAGGACCUGCUUGACCGCAUCAAUUUAAAAGAGCACAUGCCCACUUUCCUGUUUAAUGGCUAUGAAGACCUGGAUACCUUCAAGCUCCUGGAGGAGGAAGACUUGGAUGAGUUGAACAUUAGGGACCCUGAACACCGAGCUGUUCUCUUAACUGCAGUGGAGCUGUUACAGGAAUAUGAUAGUAAUAGUGACCAGUCUGGUUCUCAAGAGAAGCUUCUAAUCGACAGCCAGGGCCUGAGUGGAUGCUCGCCCAGGGACUCUGGCUGCUAUGAGAGCAGUGAAAACCUGGAGAACGGCAAGACCCGGAAGACUGGACCUCUGCCCACCAAAUCAUCGACCGAGCCCAAUUUUAAGGACUUCAGCAGAAAUCAGCUGGCCAACUACCCAACGCUGCCUUUAACAAAAUCAGUAGAAGCUUUAAAAGGGGGAGAGAAGGAAACCAGACUAUGUGGCAUCCACACCCCUCCUGCUCCUAAGAGCAGUGUCCAGCCCCCUUGUGCCACUGUGGCAAAGAAAAACCGCAGAAGCCUACCCGUUUCCAUCUGUAGGAGCUGUGAAGCCCUGGAUGGCCCCCAGACAGCGGAGAUCUGGCCAAGAUCGCACUCCCUCGAUGACCUCCAAGGGGAGCCUGAUGCUGAACAAGAUGGGCCUGGCAAGGAAACAGAGUCCCCCCCUCAGGGUGGGCCAGAGGUGCCCCUAAAAAUGACCUCCACCGGGAAGCCUAGAACAGUUCCUGGGAACCGUGCAGUUGAGGAGGCCCCACCGCUCACCCAAAGCAAGAGAUGGUCUGAACCUCAGAAGGCCCAAACAAAGAAAGUGGACUGUUCAACUGGCACUUCUGUGCAUGGAACUCCUCCCCCGCUCCUGCCUAAAAGCUAUGAAUCCCAACCUUCUUCAGUUAAACACGCUUUAACCAGGAUGCCUCUACCAUGCCACCUAAAAAUUCAAGGAGGAACUAAUAAUCUCCCGCUCCCCCCAAAAGGCAUAGAAACAGAGCAGAAGGGGUCACACGAACUAAGAACUCAAUCCAAAAAUCCUUCCCAGCCGCCACCGGUUCCUGCCAAAAAGAGCAGGGAACGCCUCUCCAAUGGGCUCCACCAUCCUUCCGUGCCUCACACUGGGUCUGUUCCCUGUCCAGGUGCCCCAUACCUGCCAGUUAAAAAGAGCAGCCCCAGUAGCUCUGCUGACUGUCAAUCUGGGCAGGCGGGCAAGCCAUCCUCAGAGCAGGAGCCCAGCCCCCCAGCAAGCAUUCGGCCACCCUGGCUGUCGGAGCUCCCAGAAAUGACCAGUGUUCAAGAGCACGGAGUCCGGCUGGGCCCUGCUUUGACGAGGAAGGUCUCUUGUGCCAGAGGGGUAGAUCUGGAAAUGCUGAUUGAAAAUAAGUUACAAGCUGAGGGGAUCGAUCUCACUGAGGAACCAUAUUCAGAUAAGCAUGGACGCUGUGGGAUUCCUGAAGCUCUGGUCCAGAGAUAUGCUGAAGACUUAGAUCAACCUGAGAAGGACAUUGCUACAAAUAUGGACCAAAUCCGGGUGAAGCAACUGAGGAAACAGCAUCGCAUGGCAAUUCCGAGUGGAGGACUCACGGAAAUCUGCAGGAAGCCAGUCUCUCCCGGGUGUAUAACAUCCAUCUCCGAUUGGCUGAUUUCCAUCGGUCUGCCCAUGUAUGCCAGUACUCUAACUGAAGCAGGAUUCACCACACUGAGCAAAGUGCCUUCUCUGUCACAAACUUGCCUACAGGAGGCUGGCAUCACAGAGGAGAGACACCUAAGCAAGCUCAUAGCAGCUGCCAGACUCUUCAAACUGCCCCUGAACCCGGAGGCCAUGUAACCUGAUGUGAAACUGGUGCUGCCAAAAUGAGAGUCACCCUUUCACUGUGCUUAUUACUCUGAUGCAAUUUCUCCAGAUCAGGGCCCCAGUGGGAGACAACAGAUGAAUAUGACAAAGCGAAAAUCUCUUUCCUAGUGGACUGGGAAUCUUCCCUCUCUCAAGAGCAGCCACCACAAGGUAAAAGAGGUGUGGUACUCUAACCCCCAAAGAAUUAAGACAAAUGGUUUUCUUCAAAGCACACUUGAAUUAAGGUGCAACUUGUCACUGAUGCUGUUCCUCAAGUUUGUCUUGUGGGGUAGGGAUAAGUAAAGGGGGAGCUAUCCACCUGCUUAAAACGCCCAUGUCUUCAUCAUCCUCUUGGGUCUCAAAAAGAGGUUUAGGACCAUACAGGCUGUAGCUAGGCCAAAGUAAUAGACUCUGAAAUUAGUUUAUGGCAUUGACCACUUCCAGUCAUUCAGGUACAAUUAAAUCAGAAUGCACCAGGAACUUUUUUUUUCCUUUGAUAGGGAACAGAGUCAUUUUAUAACUGCUUCCAGCAAUCGGCUUUUAGUUUCUUAAAAAUAAGCUUUUGAGUGGUUGCUAACUGUUAUUCCACUGAUUUGUAACUAUUUCCAAAUCCUCAGCUUAGACUUCCGUCUAAUAUACUUGGAAUGAUUUCAUAAAAAAAUUUGCUUUCUGAAGAGCUUCAUUUGAACACGCUCCAUGUACUUAGAGGUGCUUUUCAGAGACAAGCAUUAUACUGGGUUUCACUUGAUAGCGACUAACUACAGGUUCAAUGAAGUCAAUCUAAGAUUUAAAGAGACAUCAUUCCUUGUGUGUAUAUAUAUAUGUAUAAUAAUGGCUUUUCAUUUUAAUCAUUUUAGUACUGUUAUAUUGUCAAUCAUUAUGCUCAAUUUUCUGCAGCUUUGACUUGGUAUCCUGACCAUAUCCAUUCCAAAUUCUUUGAGUUUUAGAUAAGCCACCUGUAUAAACUAAUUUAAUUUCCCAAUAAUAGAUUUCAGUAUUAAAAACUUUGUGGCACUUUGAAUUAGACCAUCAAAAUAUAUUUAAUUCCCCCAUUUCUCAUUUGGAGAUGGCUAGUGGUUUAGAACAUUGAAAAACAUGAAAAGUAGUUUCAAAAGAUUUAAUGUAAAAGAUUUCAGUUAGUUCUGUCCUCUUCAAUAAACAUCAAGAAUUAUGAGCUGCAGCUAGAUGAUUUUACUGUCAUUAAUACUCUACAUUUCUUUACCCUUUACCAUGAGCAUUGAACCAGGCAUAAAGUGUCAAGUUCAAAAUACGGAAAUGGUGUACUAGGGAUUUGAUUAAAAGUUACUAGUACUUUUAAUUACUAACAAAAUAAAUGAGAUAAAAUAUCCCAGUAAAGUUCACUAUUGCAUCUAGUGCAUCUCUGCAUUUGCUUUCAACCCCGUUAGGCAUGUAUCUCAGGAAACCAGAAGAAUUUGAACGAGAUGAGACAGGUUUGAAAGUUUUGUUCUGUAACAAAGAGUGUUUCCAAAUAGCUAAUUAAACCAGAUGAUAUCCUGGGAUAAAGACUUGGAAACAGUGUGUUUGCUCCUCAGGAACGACAACAGUUUUCAGAAAUGCCACAUGAAAUGAAAGUUGCUGGAAUAUAGCAUGACAGUUGUUAAAGUCACCAGAUUUCCCCUGAAUCUUUAAAGUUUCCCCAGCAAGCAAUCUGAAGUCUUCCAUUCAUGUGCCUUACCCAGGGUUUACCACUUGGAAUUCACAAGAGUGGGAGAUUGCUCACAUGAUUGGGUAGAUUUGACACGAUGUGAGGGGACAUUAAAAACAUGUGUGGAGAAAUCCUUCCAGCCUGCCUUGAUGAAGUUUGGACAUAAGAAUAUGAGAGUGAGAGGGAGAGAGCAAGCGAGUGAGAGAGAUGACCUCUGUAUAGCUGUGAUAGCUACAUACCAGCUAUAUCUAUAUCAAGCCAGAUAUAUUCUAUAUUGAACCCUGUGAGAUCCAAGAAAGAAAUAUAAGUUGUCAAAAUUCAGGGAAGCAAGCCUCCUCAUCUGAAUUACUGAAGAACAUUUGCUUUCCCAGAGGUUUUAAAAAAUAUUUACCUCUGAAGAGCAAAAGCUAUUAGGAUUCAAGUAAUUCACAGAAUCAAUCUAUACUUCCAGAGCCUUCUCUGCCUUUGAAACAAUUGCUCUGCCUCGAAAAAGUCAAAUCCGCACCCACGAGUAGUUCAGUGAGGUGGCCUUUUCAAUUUGAAGAUUUUUUUAAAUAUUACUUUUUUAUGUGGUUUUGAUAUUUUGUAUUUGUUUGGUCUCCUUUUGCACUGUACUUGAUCCUACAACAGCCUUAAAAUUCUCUAUGUGAACUUCUACCUAGCUUUAAUUGGCUAAGCCUGUAGAUGUCAGACAGACAAACUAUAGGAGACAUCAGCAAUGCUGUAUCCAGGUUUCAAUCAGUUUACCUAACUACAGAGUUCUGAGCAAAGGUUCAGAUGGUGUUGGCUUUUGGGAAGCACAAAAAAACUCUUGAGAAGAUUCUACAUGUCCUUGGUGGGCAGUCUCUUACUUCAGAAGCUGAAUGGCAAGGAAUGCAACCAGCCCCUGAUAUUUCCCCCUUUGCCAAAUGAUUUGAUAAAGCCUCAUUAGUGUCUUGAGGGCCUGUUCUCCUUAAUCCUGGAUUUGGGUGCACAGGGAGAGCACUGCUGCAUGGGAAAUGAUUACAUGCUACAGCAUAAACACGGUCUCCAAGUGCAGCAGUAGAGGUCAAUUCACCAAGUCACCGCUGUCUAGACUAGUAAUACUGUAUUAUUUGCCGACGCAUAGUACUCAAAAGUCCAAGUUACCUUUACUCUCAAUUGACAACUUUAGGGGAAACAAGAAGUGUCAAGCAAGUCGUAUAACAACUAACAAUGUUGCACUUUCUGUAUAUGAAAUCAAUAUUUAAAUAACUUAUUUUUCUCCAUUGCUGUUCUUAAACAAUGUAAGUAGCUGUAAUAUACCAGUACCAAUAUGUUCUUGCAAUUUGCUUCCGCCCGAGAAAGCUGUGUAUUGUUAAAAAAAAAAUGAAUGUGUAAAGAUUAUUGUGCUGUUUCUUUUAGCAAAAUAUGGUGGACAAAAGGGUUUUCCUGUGUAUCAAAACUUGUCUAUAAUUACGUCAUACUGUUCAUAGAAAAAAAAGUAAAUAAAUUUCUCCAGUUG